AUGCCGCACGUGUUAUUGAGCGAGAUAAAUAAGCUAUCGAUGCUGCGUGCUUUGGAGAGCGGACGAUAUCUGAGCAUGGCUUUUCGCUCUUGGGAUCUGUACGAGUUUCCGCUCUUGCAGAGCACAACCAAGCAUUCGUGGGCCAUCAAGACGGCUAGUCAGCUCGAGAAGCCGCGCUACGUCAUUUUCGCUAUGCAAACAGGUCGAAAAAAUAUCAUGUCUGAGGAUGCAAGUCGAUUCGACCACUGCAAAUUAACCAAUGCUAAACUCUAUCUGAAUACGGAAUGUUAUCCGUACGAUGAUUUGAAUCUAGAUUUUGAUAAAAACAGAUGUGCGAUUCUGUACGACUUGUACGCGCGUUUCUGCAAGGGCUACUAUGGAUACGAGUAUCUCGAGCCGAGUCUCACCUUUACAACUUUUUUACGUAAUGGCCCGUUCGUGAUCAUCGAUUGCUCUCGACAGAACGAAUCGGUCAAGAGUGGCACCGUGGACGUGCGAUUAGACUUUGAAUGUAAGGAGAACGUGCCCGCAAAUACAACAGCCUAUUGUCUCAUCAUACACGAUCGUGUAGUUCAGUAUAAUUACCAUUGA